GCGGCCGCGUGUUUUGCGUACAUUGCGACUGCGCGUGCCCAGCAUGGCGGAUUGCGGCAGUGCAAUGAUGGCGGAGGCUGAGCGGAGCGCGGAGACCCUCAAGGAGAAGGCGAAUAACUACUUUAAAGAUAAGGAUUAUGAAAACGCCAUCAAGUACUACACGGAGGCACUGGAGAUCAACCCAGACAAUGCCAUCUACUUUGGGAACCGGAGUCUUGCUUAUUUGCGUACUGAAUGUUAUGGCUAUGCAUUGGCUGACGCAACCCACGCAGUGGAACUUGACAAGAACUAUAUUAAGGGUUACUAUCGUCGGGCCACUUCAAAUAUGGCCCUUGGGAAGUUCAAAGCAGCACUGAAGGAUUAUGAGACAGUUGUAAAAGUCAGACCAAAUGACAAGGAUGCCAAGAUGAAGUAUCAAGAGUGCAGUAAGAUAGUCAAGCAAAAAGCAUUUGAACGUGCCAUCGCCAGUGACGAGCUCAAGCGGUCAGUGGUUGAUUCACUGGACAUAGAGAGUAUGACAAUUGAAGAUGAUUAUUGUGGACCGAAGUUGGAAGAUGGAAAGGUCACAUUGACCUUUAUGAAGGAAAUGAUGAAGUGGUUUAAGGAACAAAAAAAACUACACAGAAAAUGUGCUUACCAGAUUUUGGUACAAGUAAAAGAAGUAUUGGCCAAACUUCCUAGUCUUGUAGAAAUUACAUUGAAAGAGGCAGACAAAAUAACUAUAUGUGGUGACACACAUGGCCAGUACUAUGACUUGCUGAAUAUAUUUGAAUUAAAUGGCUUACCUUCUGAGACCAACCCAUAUUUAUUUAAUGGUGAUUUUGUAGACAGAGGCUCUUUUUCUGUAGAAGUCAUCCUCACCUUGUUUGGGUUCAAGCUGCUAUAUCCUGAUUGCUUCCAUCUUUUGAGAGGGAAUCAUGAAACUGACAACAUGAACCAAAUGUAUGGAUUUGAAGGAGAAGUAAAGGCCAAAUAUACUCCACAAAUGUUUGAAUUGUUCAGUGAAGUCUUCCAGUGGUUGCCUUUGGCACAGUGCAUUAAUGGCAAAGUGCUUGUAAUGCAUGGAGGCCUCUUCAGUGAAGAUGGCAUAACACUUGAAGAUAUUAGGAAAAUAAACAGGAACAGACAACCACCAGAUUCAGGACCAAUGUGUGAUUUGCUAUGGUCUGAUCCCCAACCCCAGGAUGGUCGAUCUGUUAGUAAGCGGGGCGUCAGCUGCCAGUUUGGUCCAGAUGUAACCAGAAAGUUCCUUGAACAGAACAAACUAGAAUAUAUUAUCCGCAGCCAUGAGGUUAAGGCAGAGGGAUAUGAGGUCACUCAUGCGGGCAAGUGCAUCACAGUCUUCUCUGCACCCAAUUACUGUGAUCAAAUAGGAAAUAAAGGGGCGUACAUCCACCUCAGGGGAUCUAAUCUUAUACCAGAGUUUCAUCAGUUCACAGCUGUGCCUCAUCCAAAUGUCAAGCCAAUGGCGUAUGCUAAUACAUUGAUGCAAUUGGGAAUGAUGUAGCUGUGCAAAAGUUUUUGGAUGUCUGCCAUGUUUCAAUGACUUAAGUGGUUUUUCUAUUUUAUGUUUUGUUCUGGUUUUGGUUUACUCCCUUCCUCGUUCACAACAAAAUCAUUUUUCAAUUCUCUGUUUCUGUUCAUCCUGUGAUCUGCCAAACUA